GAUGCAUUGGAUGAGACAGAAGAAGAUAACCUGGAGUUGGAGGAUGAAGAAGAAGUGGAGGAGUUUGACCCUUCCCAAUCUGGAAACCUGACCCUCACAUUUGCAAAAGGGUAUGACACACAUCUCUGCCCUCCCGUGGAGAUCAUCCUGUACAUUCUGCGCUGGGUCGUGUCCUCAGAACUGGAUCUGCGCUCCCUAGAGAUGUGCUCAUCAGUCUGUCGAGGUUUCUAUGUUUGUAGUCGUGACUCGGAAAUCUGGAGGCUUGUGUGUGUCAGGGUCUGGGGAGUGAACUGUGGAGGUCUGUCUGAGUAUAAGUCCUGGAGGGAGAUGUUCAUCUUACGACCACGGCUCCAUUUCAACGGUUGCUACAUCAGCAAGACCACAUAUGUGCGGAGUGGAGAGAACAGCUUCCAAGACCAGUUCUAUAGACCUUGGCACUUUGUUCAGUAUUUUCGCUAUUUAAGAUUUUUCCCCGAGGGACUGGUGCUGAUGCUGACAUCAACUGAGGAGCCCACCUCCUGCCUUGGGCAGCUGAAGACACGGCAGAUGCGACACCCAGCUAUGAUGGUGGGUCACUAUCCGGCUGUGUGA